AUGUCCACUUCUGCAAGAGACGACGGUGAUGCGCCGACCGGCAUUGCUACCGAUAACGACUACGUUUCCCGCACGGGGCAGAAGGAAGGCCCCAUCCCAGUUCAGAAGGACGAGGCCGGCGUUGAAGAUCCAAUCGAUCCGGCAACCGCCGACUCAGAUGAGCAGCUCGGUACGCAUUCUACACAGCACGUUAAAUUGGUUCGAAAGACUAACGAGCUUCCAGCCAAGGAUGACACCGAGGCCAUCAACCAAAACAAUAUCAUCAAUGAGCGCACUCGCGGUGCAACAAAGAAGGCUGGCACUUAUCAGGAGCCUGGCGACGAAGAAGGACUCCCGGGUCCAGAGGAUGGUACUAGCAACAUCCGCACAGGCCGAUGA